AUGGGCUUCGAGACCCCGGAAGAAGGCUGCCUGGCCAAUAUCAAGAUCCAGGAGGGCACCAAGGACGCCCCGAUGGGAAACUUGCUGUGCAUCAUCGUGGAGAGCAAGGACGAGGUGGCCCGCUUUUGCCGACUACAAGCCAGCGGAGGGCGUCGCUGCUGCCACCCCGUCGACUUCCUCCAAGAAAGACAAGCAGCCGAAGCAGGCCGAGCCCGCAAAGCCGCAAGUUCAGAAAGUGACCCCGCAGCGAGCCGCGGCCUCUUUCGCUCCGUCUGGCGGCCGCUUCUCCGCCACCCCGUUCGCCCGCAAGAUCGCCGACGACUGGACCUGAAGAGCGUGUCGAGCUCGGGCCACGGCGGGCGCAUCCUGGCCGCGGACCUCUCGUCGGCUUCUCCAGCUCCGGCUGACGGCACCCCACAACAACCAGCGUCGGCGAUCGGCGGUUCCGGCAACUCCACCAAAAACACGCUCUCCAACAUGCGCAUGACGAUCGCGAAACGCCUGGCCGAGUCGAAGUCGACGAUUCUGCACUACUACAGCAGCUCGGAGAUCAACAUUGACAACGUGCUACAGGUUCGCGAGAAGCUGAACACGCUGCUGGCCAAGGGCGCCGUCGGCCGGCGAGCCCACCAAGCUCUCCAUCAACGAUUUUAUCAUCAAGGCCAUCAUCAUCAUCUCAUCGUCGUCGUCGUCCAUCUGACUGGAAUAGAAGACGUUUCUUCCUGCAAGAAUCAGAAGAAAGCAGCCAAUGAGGUAAAUUCCGAUGUUAUGAAGAUGACCAUCUGGAGU